AUGGACUUCGUUGGGCAACAAAUUCAAAAACCGAGCAAUUUAACACUUGUGGAUGCAAACGGAGCAGACCUUGAGACAUUCAACAUCACACAAGGGCAAGGCUUCUACAAGGACACUUUUUUUGUUACCUUUGUUCCAUCUGUGGAGAACUUCAGACUGAAGGUGACAGGAAUAGACAAGAAUGGAGCUCGCUUUCAACGUAUAAAACCAACUUUAUAUAGUCUUGGUGACGUGAAACUCUCUCAGAAAGUCAAUAACAAAAACAGUCCAAACACCAUUUUUGCGGGAAAAUCUUUAGAGCUUGAAAUAAACGUAAAAAAAUUCUGGGGACAGACAAACCCUGUACUUCACUGCAUCAGAUGA